CAGGGAGUUAAUGAGCGGAGGCAGAAAGAGGAUUAUCUGUGUGACGGAGACAAAACUCUCCCGUACAGUAAGACAGUGAGAGAAGUGAGUCAGACAUGACUGCGACUGAAAGCAGCGAGAAGCAGCCCCCACACAGCAGCGUGACAGCGGACUACUGCGCUCAGCUGCAGCGGUGGAUGUGGCAGUAUUACUGGGGCAAUGGCAGCUGGCAGAGCUGGGUCUCUCUGUCCGCCUUCUCCUUCCCGCUGCCGUGCGGUUUCCCUCCCAGCGGUCACACGGUGGGUCCACCUGCAGCCGCCUGGACCUCCGGCGGUGGACAGCAGGGGGCGGACACACGGAACUGGACCACUUAUCCUCAUUAUUACCCGCUCAGUUUUCCCGCGCCCCCUUCUCACUCAGCUGGAGCUCAACCCGAGCAGAGUUCAGCAGCAGCAGCAGCGGCAGCAGCAACACAGCAGAGUGGGAACAAUGCACCUCAGACAGGCCGAGAGUACACCAUCCCCUCUCCUCUGCAGAGGUUCCUGGCCGAGACAUUGGACUUCUUUAUCCUCUUCUGUGUGAAGGCCACCAUUGUGCUGUGGAUCAUGCAUCUGAGUGGGAUGAAGGACAUCGCCAAAUUAAUCACGCACUUCAUCGUGGAGGAGAUCGACGAGAACACGUCCAUGGAGGAUCUGCAGAAGAUGAUGGUGGUCGCUCUGGUCUACAGGGUGCUGGUGUGUUUCUAUGAGAUCAUCUGUAUCUGGGGUGCCGGUGGUGCCACUCCAGGGAAGUUUCUGCUUGGUUUGCGCGUGGUGACGUGUGACACGUCCACUCUGGUCCGACCCAACCGAGUCUUUGUGUCGCCGGCGUCUAACGUCUCGCUCUCUUCCUCCACGGUGCGAGCAUUGAAUAAGAACUUCUCCAUCGCCUUCCUCUUUCCUGUCUUCAUCACUCUACUCUUCAUCCGGCACAACAGGACAGUGUAUGAUAUUGUGGCAGGGACAAUUGUUGUCCAGAGGAGAGAGGACUGAGAGCCUUGUCACGAGCGGGAGAAAUGAUAACAAGAGAGUGUGUCGACUAUCCUGAAACUUUUAAAUUUAAAUUGAAACCAGUCACAAAUGACAACAACAAACUGCAGCAAAUGACUGAUGCACUGGCUCAGAUUAAAACUUGGACAUCCAUGGCAUGCAAACAUAGGCCGGUUUUGUUUGGAAUCCUGACACCAAACUGUUUUUGUGAGGUGUUUAUUACACAAAGAGGAAACCCUUUUAAGAAGUAUUGUGAUUCAUGAUGACGGAAAUCGUUCAGGAAAGUGUGCUUUCCAAUGUUUCCAGGAUUUUCUGCGACUUCUCCUCACAAAAUGUGUGUGUGUGUAUGUAUGUAUGUAUGUAUGUAUGUAUGUAUAUAUAUAUGUAUAUAUAUAUAUAGUCUAUUUAUUAUUUUCCGAAGCUUAAAACUCCUAUGUGUAGGAUUUUGGCGGGGCCUAGUGGGACCAAAUAAAUCGCUCCAAGAUGUCUAAACUAAUGUCAUCAGAAUAAUUAAACACAUGCUGUACACACAAAUUACUACACCAGUGGCGGUUGCUGGUCUUUGAAACGGGGGAAGCUCAUUUCAGGCCCAGUUAUUUAUCCAUAAAUUCUGCAAACGAACAUUGAGAACAAGGAAACACGACAAUUAUGUCAAACUGAAAUACUAUGAUAGUGUUUUUUGCAUUAUUUAAAUGAAAAUGUUCUAUAUCGCAGAGUAAAUGACACACAACGAGCAGCUAUUUGUCUACAGACUACACUUCCACACAGGACUAAGGCAGAAAAGGUGUUCAAAUAUGUUCAAAAACUGUCUCUGCCUUUCAGACAGUUCCUCCAAUCCUCAUGCAGAAGCCCAGUGUCUGCACCCGCCCGCUGCUCCUUUCACUCCCAGAGAAGCUGAGCUUCCGUGGAAGUGACGUUUCUGCCGCAUUCGUCCAAUAGUAAAGCUUUAUUUGUAUAGAUACCUUUUUAAAAACAGCAAUUUACAAAAAAAUACACACAUAUGUAAAAACUUUGAAAACCCCUGCAUAAAAACACUGUUUGGUCUCCGGGGUCUGUAAAUUAUUAGAAUUAAAAGUCGAGUAUUUGAGUUUAUCAUAAAACCAAGGUGUUUAAAUGAAGUAAAAGCAUUAUAAAAAAUGGGUGUGUUUUAAAGUAUUUCUAAAAAUGACAAUCACCAUUGGGGAAAAAAAAACUGUCGUCCCAUAGAGAACAGCUGAACUUAGAGUGGUUUUAACGCGUCACGUAAGAUGGUCCGUCAUCCGCGAUAAUCAGCUGAUUCUGACUAAACACGUUCUAAUCGCGUUCUAGCGAGCGUUUAGAAAUGAAAUGUAAAUGCAACACAGAACAUAUUUGACGCCGUUUUAGAGGAAGCUGAGGUUCUACACAUGGGGGAUUUAAAGCAGAAACAUUAGGAGGUUAUUUUCUUCAGAGUAAUGAAAGGCAAAUGUGAUGUUUUUGUUGUUUUGUGUCAUGGAGUGAUUUUAUGAAGCAGUCGAACUGUAAAAAAAAAAAAAAAAACAGGUUGAUUUUUAAUCUAUUAUUUGUACUUUGUGUUUGUUAUGAGGAAGUGUUAUUAUAGUGUGUAUUUUCAAGUCAAUUUGAAUUUUCUGCUCAUACUUUCCGUCCUCAGAUCAGUAAAUCCGGUGACCGCAGUUUGUCUCGACUGCAUCGCUGACGACUGUCAAUCCUAACAGACAACUGUUAGCGUUGUCCAUCGGGAUUGUUUCACAUUUGGCUUUAACACACAACCAUUGAAUGUUGAAACCACACCUGGUUAAGUCGAUCAUUACAUCCUCACAAAUAAAAACUUCAUCAUCGCA